AUGGUCCUGCCUGAAAAGCUCGUCGGCCUCGGCCUCGGCUUCAGCAGCCUGAUGUCUCCCACCGACGGCGUCUCGCACAAGGCCCUGAGGCUCCGUGACCUCGGUGAUCUCGCUGGAUCUUCGACGACCGACCUCGUCCGCUUCAGCGGCACCCUCAAGGUGGCCCGCGGCAUCGUGGAAGAUCAUAGGCGCUCCGAGACUAUCGAGGUCCCGACCAGCGGACUGGUCUCCAUCCUGAACCGCAUCAAGGCCCUCGAGAAGGAGGUCCAGGACAUGAUUGACGGUAAGAGGGUGAGCGAGAACAGCAAGGCUGUCAAGUCCCCGCCGUCCAGUUCUGCCUCGGGCGGCUCCGCAUCUUCCUCGUCUAGCGCUGUUUCCUCCGGUGGCGGCUCGGGUGGCGGCUCGGGCAGCAACGCCGGUAGCUCCGACUCCGGCGGUGGCAAGUCUGUUAGCAACCAUGGUAGCAAGUCUGAUAGCGGCAACUCUGGCAGUGCCAGCUCCGGCAGCAGCUCCAGCCCUCCGUCCGCCACCGUCUCAGGCGCUGCUGGAUCGUCCGGUGGAAGCAGCGACGGCAAGGACGACUGCGCCCCCGAGCAUCUUCUCUACCGCCUCGGCGGCGCCUCCCUCGAGCACCGUUCCAUGACUUCUGUAAGUGUGCACCAUCCCCUGUUCCGCCGAACUACUAACUGCACCCUGGACUCGGUCUCUGGCGGCGGCAGCGGCGGCAGCGGCGGCGGCGAUGGCAAGAAGGAGAGCUCGGCCCUGCCCAGCGGCGCGGCCGUGUUCAAGGAGACCUCCUCCUCAGGCGCUGCUGACGACAGCGCCACCGACAGCACUGGGAGUCCCGCCGCCGAUACGUUCGCGCUGCCUGCUGCCGCCACCGCCGGUCCGGGAUCGAAAGCGAAGGGCAGCCCAGAGAGCGACGACCACGCCGCCGACACCACUGUUACCACGACGAUGACUUCGACGAGUUACAUGACCGUGACCGUUCGUCUCCGCCCGUUCGUCUCCAUCACGGCUGCUGGCUCUCCCGGCAAGUAUUCCAACAGCCCCAGCAUCCCGGACCCCGCCGGUCAUCGUUUCAGCAAUGCCACCACCGCCCUCGCCACCGAGAGCGAGACGACCACGCCGUCUCCGGCCUCCGCUCUUCCUGGGAAGAACAGAAUCUUUGCCCAGACGAACGACACCACUGCCGCUGUCGAGGCGCCGUCUGCUUCGUCGUCCUCGCCGGUCGGCAGCGGGCCGAGCGCGCUGUCCUCCGACUCUCCCAGCCGGCUGAGCACUGGAAGCGCCUCCAACUCCAGCGCGACUGACGAGGCUGCGACGACCCCCUCGAGUAUGGGCGCGGAAGGCGGCGACGACACCAGCGAUGCGGUGGACAGCGAGGCCCUCCUGGCGCCGAACCAUCAGAAGAACCUCACGCUCGCCUCCGCGACCGCCGUCGUGGACACCCCCACUCCAGCGGUGCCCAGCAGCAGCAUCCCCAGCCCGGAGCCGAGCGGUCCGUCUCUCCCUCAGAACACCACUACCACCACGGUUCCCGCCGGCACGCCGCCCAUCAGCGGGCUGAGCAGCGCCCCCUCCCUUCCGGACGACGGUGCUGCUAGCCUCACGGGCACGAACAGCAGCGCAAUCGCGCCUGAAAACGCGGCCGUGUCCGGCAACUCGCCGGCCAAGAAGACCACGUCGACCAUCACAUCGACCUUGUCCAUCACCGUCCCCGCCGGCGGCCGAUCGACCGACGCGGCGGACCCGGAGGCCACCACCGCGUCCUCGUCGGACGUGGUGGCGGCGCCGGUGAACGGCACGCUGGAGAAGCGCCAGAGCGGGUUCAGGACGGUGCGCAGCCUCCGACGCAGGACCGCCGCUGCGGUUGAACAUGACUAG